UGCUCCGGUCCGGUCCGGUCCGGUCCGGUCCGGUGUGGGCUGUCCUCAAUAGGGCGGUCCGUACUGAGUCACGGCCCUUCAGUCCGCCGGCCCGGAACCGAGUCCAGUCUGCGCACACGUAGCCUCGUGAGAAGACUGGAGUCCGUGUCCUCUGAUGAAGACCAGCAUGCAGGUUCUGGACCCGCGGAUCUGGACCGUCUUCAGGCGCCACGCUCCUCAGACCCUCACCUACUGGAGCGUGUUCUUCAGCUUCGGUCUGUGCAUCGCCUUCCUGGGACCCACCGUCCUGGACCUGAGGUGCCAGACCCAGUCCACCCUGCAACAGAUCACCUGGGUGUUCUUCUCCCAGCAGCUCUUCCUGCUGAUAGGAAGCAGCUUGGGGGGGCUCUUGGAGAAAACCCUCACAUCCUCCUUGUUGGCUCUUUUCUCCUCCACUCUCAUCAUCUCACUUGUGUUUGCCAUCAUCCCACUGUGUCACCAUGUGCUGCUGCUGUCCAUCGCCAUGGCGCUGGCUGGUAAAGCCAUGGGUGUCAUAGACACCAUAGGCAACCUGCAGCUGGUGAAGCUCUACCAGAAGGACUCAGCCAUCUUUCUACAGGUCUUGCAUUUCUUCACUGGCCUGGGAGCUCUGGUCAGCCCCCUGGUGGCUGAUCCAUUCCUGGCAGAGGACAGCUGCGUUCUGGGAGCCAACUGGACCAUGAACUCGUCGUCCCCCUCUGACCUAGAACACCUCCGCAACAGCCUGGUGGGGCACGGAGCGGCGCUGCACAACACCUCCCAGUAUCCUCUGAACGUUGAGGGGGUGGUUGUCACAAGGGUGUCGUACGCCUUUUGGAUCAUGGCUCUCAUUAAUCUCCCCGUGCCAGCAGCAGUGCUAGCAUUGAUGUACCAUGAGAGACGGUUGUCUUGCUCCAGCAGCACCACCCGUCUGCUCCACAAGGAGCCCAGGUCCAGUCCCACCAAGGACAGCAGCCAAGGCCAUGAAGGUGUGUUUGACUGCUGCAGCCCCAAAGUCAGAGGUCAACCCGCAUCGUUUUUUAUCCUUCAUGCUCUGGGAGGAGGCAUUGUCUUCAUCACAGAUGGAAUUAUAGGCUCCUACGCAGGCUUCGUCUACACCUACGCUGUCUCCCCUCCUCUGCUGAUGGGGCAUAAGAUGGCUGGUUGUCUGGACAGCAUAUUUUGGGCUUCCAUCACAGCAGGACGACUGUCUUUCAUCUACUUGUCCUACAGAUACCCAGCACCGACGCUGCUGACCAUUAAUCUGGUGGGGGUCAUUCUGGUCCAGUGCCUUUUGUUGAUCUUCUACACUAGCUGUGUGUUUCUCUUCAUCGGUACCUGUGUGUUGGGACUAUGCAUCAGCAGUGUCUUCCCCUCCAUGCUGGCUUUGACAGAGGACAUGUUGGAUUACAAAGGUUGUGCAACGACAGUCCUGGUGACGUGCGCCAGCGCCGGAGAGAUGUUGCUGCAGCUGCUCGUUGGAUCAGUGAUCCACAGCCGAGGCAGCUACUCCUUCCUGCUGUGUUCCACAGUAACAUCUGUCAUCUGCUUCUGCCUGUUCCUGUUGCUCCUCUACACCUGUCGUAUCCACAGAAACCAUCACUUAGGUAAAUUACUGUGUUGUCGGUUUGAUGAUCUGGUUGGGUCCAGGCUCUGGCUGUUAAACAGUGAUUAAACAAGCCAUCGUGACCUUUGACCUGCUACCUGAGGCCAGUAGAGUCUCGGAUAGUUAUUCAUCUCACCGUUGACCUCUGGGUGAAACUGCUGAGAUGUUUGUUCUUGGAAGAUCAGCUGUCUGGAAUGUUCUCCGCUUGUGAAACAUCUUUCUCUGUAUAGCGAUGGACUGUAAAGUUAUGAAAUGACCUUUGACCCUUCUCAGAUUGAAGGGCAGCAACUUCCUCUUCAAGGUGACUGAUGUCAUGUAUUCCCUCCUUGUGUGAACACACGCCUGUGUGCUCCAGACAGGUGCUGACAUCACCAGCUAGACCUCUACGCCCUAGGAUAGAACCUUAGGUUAGAUGAAAGAGUGAACACAUUAUUAUGACAUUAACUGGUUCAAUUGACCCCAGAAUAUAUUUUAUGGUGUGUUAAUGCAUUUUUAUUAUUUUUGUUUCAAACACAUGCUGGCUGUGGGUCCCAGCUGGGCAUCUGUUGGCUGAAGUGAACACCACCCACAUUUUAACCAAUGGCUGUGUUCGAUGAGCCAGUUCUGCGCAGAUUGGACCAGCAUUAGACCGGCGAGCAGUGCAUGUCGGUUAGAUUCGUGUCCGAUUUGACGACGACUUGCCCUGACGUCAUGCAUACGUAGGCAACGAUAACCUCGUGAGAUCAAGGCGGCCGCAGAUUUUGGAGCAAGGUGCUGCAGUUGCUCUCCACCGGCUGCAAAACCUAGAGGAUGACAGGAAACGCCUGGCUCUCACCUGAUCUAAGAUCUGAUUGGUCCUUAUCUUGAUCCAAACAUCCGGUGGUAGAACAUGAAAUGUUAGUUGGCCACAUGUAUUCUGUAAAUCAUGUUACGUUAAUGAUGACAACUAUAUAGGCCAUAAAGAGAAAUGUGUUUUGUGUUAUUUUGUCACACUGAAGCUACAGCUGCUAACCUUUACUUAUUAUUACAGUCAUGUCUCCAUAUACAAUAUAUGAUAUCCACAAGCACGCGAGGAUGUGUUUCAGCUGCUAACAGGCACCAGAAUUAAAAUAAAUAAUUAAACACGUAUGAACGCUAACGCGAUAUCUUCAGCCAUCGUCACCCGCGAGCUACACAUGUAGGAAAUUGUGUCCGACUUAAACGCCGGCUUUCAGCCACGCCCCCUGCUGCUUCCGUCUGCUCUCGUCUGGUUUCCAGGCGAGGCGCUGCUCAUCUCGAACACGGCCAGUGUUAAACGUUAUUGGGAGUGGGGCUAAGGGUACAGAGCUAACAGGAGCCAAACCUUUCAGAGCUUACAGACAUUUUGGCUUUAAGUUUUUUUUUCGUGCAUCUGCUUCUACAGCUAACUCGAAGCGUGACUUUGGUCACUGAGGAGCCAAAGUUUACUUUAGCCACUUACACACUAGCAUCAGCUCCACUAGCCCGCCCCAGCCAGGCUGCGUUCGUUCCACACUGCCUUAGAAACGUGGAUGUGAUCGAGCACAUGGGUGGGCUGCGAAGUCACGAGCACAUCGGCGAGGAAAAUAGCGUGGACAAGUCUGCGGAGUCUCCAUCAUUAAACAAAAGCGGCCUGAGCAGUCUUGCUUUUGAGGACUCAGAUACUGCAUCCUGCAGCACUGUGUGUGUGUGUGUGUGUGUGUGUUACACAGCUUCAGUGAGAGGCUUGUUAACUUCAUGCUUUCGUUCUUUUUUUAAACACAGAAACAGUUUUGUUUACCUGUUUGUAGCUACAGUUUCGCCGACGGCUGCCGGCUUCUUCAGGCUGACGCUGAUGGCUUGUCAACUUGUUCAUCGUGCAUGCGGGAAGCCCUGCGGGCUAAUUCAACGGUCAAUCAGAGGCUCCCCUAACGGUAGCGGGGAUGUGAAUCUAAACCUGAGGCCGAGUCGAUUAUCUCGAUACACAACCAGCGAGGAGAUGCGUUAACGACACGAUGAAACCCUGAGCUGAUACAAUCUGACACGAUCCAUCCCUGCUCACAAUUCUUUAUUGAUUUGAAGAUGAUUUUCUAUUAGAUACAAUUUAUGAUGCGCCUCAAAAAAUGAAGACAAAGCAGGUGAACAAAGACGUAACCGAUGUAACGUGGUUUUCACCGCAGACACACGCAUGCAAAGAUGCUUAGUGAUAUAGCCGACAGUUGUAACCGACGCACACUGACGCUACCGUCAUGAGCCAACCACCGGUUGAGAUCGGCGGAUCUCUCAUCCCUAAAUGGUAGUCGUGUUUUUGAGCCAGCCAAUCAGUCAGCAGUGGGCGUGUCGGCCCCGUUCGGCUCCAGACAGACACCCCGGAGAACAGGGCUGGAACGACGUUCGGUUGUGCUCAGGACGAUUCUGGUUUACCUAAAAGAGAGCAGUCCCAACCGGGUCCAGGCGGAGUGGAGCCAGUGCAGCUGUGCUGCUGAAAAGCCCAGACUGAAGCAGACGUUACCUCAGACACCUGGUGGUCCAGCACACCGCUAACCAGCAUGGAUCUGGAAUGGUUUAAGAGUUUUACUUCAGAUGAAAGACAUGAAACCUUUCUCUUUCAGAUCCGUCUGGAUAUGUGGAAAAGGAGAAGCCAGAGACCAGUGGCUCCUGAUCGCCACCCCCGAGCAUCCAGCCCGAGGCCUGACGCCCGAUGACCAGCACGACCAGUACACCCAUCAACUGCUGAAAAUGCCAGGUCCUUUGUGUGUUGGUACAAGAGGCACACACAGUCAGUCAGAUGAUUUUAAUGAUUGGUCUCACUCAACAGCUUGUUGUAAACACUUCCUCUGACCUUUGCACAUUGAAGCGCCACUUCAACAAGCAGCUUGUAAACAUUUGAAAGCAUCAAACAGAAAACUGAACCAAACAAACAGAAUCCCCAGUUUUUACAUUUUAAGGAAACAAAUCUUCAGGAGGUACAGAAGGAGACACCAGAACGUCCAAGAGGACGUCCAGAUGGGCUUUGGGAUCAUUUAUAGUCACUAUUAAACGUUCAGUACAAACACUAGAGGCUACCUGUAUCUGUCUACAGUUCAACUCUAAUAAAAGUUUUAUGCCUAAUUACUAACUCAGCUUCUGUUUCACAUAAACGGUAAAAGAUCAGAUUCAGCUAGGUCUUGUUUUACCAAACACAAGUGCAUCACGCUGUCCUCCCUCUGGGAGAACAGUCCAAUACAACAGGAACCCCAAGUUCUGCAUCAACACCAUAGAAAACGGUUUGGCACAAUAAGGCUUCGAUUCCUACAAAACACCCGAAACUCAGAGCUACCACGCACAAGAGGCCGGGUCAGCAGACACACCCGUUUGGU